AUGGCUUUACCGGCCAAGCUGGGCAAAACCGCUCCUCUGCUCAUACAGGAUGUCCUGCACCAUGACCCAGCGAGCCCUACUCGGCCGCAGUUCAAUAUCCUGAAAGACGUGCCACCUAUCUUCUACGAUAAGUCUACAUACCCGGACUACUCCGACUCGAACGCUUGUGUCCAUCGCUUCAUCACAAAGCCUCACCAGUCAGUGCUCCCGGCGAUCGACAGCCAGCGUGUUGCAGGCGCCAGAUACCAGGUCUCGUCGGUAUGUCAGAAGUGUCGACUUCAUCUCGAGCUUGCAGUUGUCUUCAAGACACAGUUGGCCUGUCGACCAGGGACUGUGCACCACUUUUGCUACUUUCCCAAGGAGUCGGCGGAUAGGCUCAAGACCGUUGCCAGAUCGCCGGGACAAGCUCUAGAGGUAUACGUCUACAGCUGUACGCAAACCCAAUGCUCUGCCACAGUUCACCUGAAGCUUUGGACACCCCUUAUCAAGCCAGAAUGGGUGAGCUUGUUGACGGACGAAGACAUCCUGAAGAAACGAGUAGACGACGCCCUAGCCUUGGAACCACAACGGUUGGAAGGGAUAGGCAGACCAACACCGUUGGUCGUCCUCACGCAUCUCAAGACAUACAUCGACAAUACUUUGCAUGAUGAACAGCGCAAUAGAUCAAUCAAUAUCAUGAACAAGAAGUUCACAGUCUGCUUUGGCACCGGUGGAGAAGCCUGCAAGCAACUAUUUGAAUACCUGGGCUUUAAGUUAGCAGUAUGUCAUUUCAUGACUCGCCUCCGUACUUCUCUUCUUCUUCUCUUUAAUGCAUGA